CUCCCCCUCGCCGGCUCGGCGGUGCGUGCGGGGCCGGCCCGGCGAGGAGGCGGGACACGUCGGCGCUGCCGCCUCCGCCGCCGCCGCCGCCGCCCCUCCUCCUGCUCCAGCCGCCUCGGCCGCCGCUUCCCGGCCGAGUUCGAGCGGCCCCGGCGGCCCCCGGCGCGUCCAGCUGCGCGGACCCGCGCCCGUCCCGCCCGGCUGCCGCCCGCGUCCACCCCGCCGCGAUGGCGACGCGCUCGUGCCGGGAGAAGGCGCAGAAGCUGAACGAGCAGCACCAGCUCAUCCUGUCCAAGCUGCUGAGGGAGGAGGACAACAAGUACUGCGCCGACUGUGAGGCCAAAGGUCCUCGAUGGGCUUCCUGGAAUAUUGGUGUGUUUAUUUGCAUCAGAUGUGCUGGCAUCCAUAGGAAUCUUGGGGUUCAUAUAUCCAGGGUCAAGUCAGUCAACCUAGACCAAUGGACGCCAGAACAGAUCCAGUGCAUGCAAGAUAUGGGAAAUACUAAAGCAAGACUACUAUAUGAAGCCAAUCUUCCAGAGAACUUUCGAAGACCACAGACAGAUCAAGCAGUGGAAUUUUUCAUCAGAGAUAAAUAUGAAAAGAAGAAAUACUACGAUAAAAAUGCUAUAGCUAUUACAAAUAUUGCCUCCUCUGAUGCUCCUCUUCAGCCUUUGGUAUCCUCUCCUUCUCUACAAGCUGCUGUUGAGAAAAACAAAUUGGAGAAAGAAAAGGAAAAAAAAAAGGAAGAGAAAAAGAAAGAAAAGGAGCCAGAAAAGCCUACAAAACCACUUACAACUGAAAAGCUGCAGAAGAAAGAAGAUCAGCAGUUGGAACCUAAAAAGAGUGCCAGCCCUCAGAAAGCUGCAGAGCCCACCGUUGACCUUCUGGGACUCGAUGGGCCUGCCGAGGCGCCAGUGACCAAUGGGAGCGCAGUCGCGGGGCCAGCCCUGAACGAUGACCUGGACAUCUUUGGACCGAUGAUCUCCAACCCCUUACCUGCAACUGUCAUGCCCCCAGCUCAGGGGACGUCCUCUGCACCAGCAGCUGCCACUCUGUCUGCAGUGACAUCUGGGGAUCUGGAUCUGUUCACUGAGCAAGCUGCAAAGUCAGAAGAGGUGGCCAAGAAGCAGCUCUCCAAAGACUCCAUCUUGUCUCUGUAUGGCGCCGGGGCCAUCCAGCAGCAGAGUGCUCCUGGUGUGUUUAUGGGACCCACGAAUCUACCGUUUACCUCACAAGCACCGGCUGCGUUUCCAGGCUUCCCGUCCAUGGGCGUGCCUGUGCCCGCGGCGCCUGGCCUGGUGGGCAGCUCGCUGGGGCCGAGCGCGGGCAUGAUGGUGGGCGUGCCGGUGCCCAACGGAUUCAUGGGCAGCGCGCAGACUGCUGUGAUGCCGCUCGCGCAGGGCGUGGUCGGGCCCCCAGGGAUGGUCCCGCACAUGGGCACAGCCCAGGGGAAAUUUGGCCUGCAGCCAGCUCCGCAGAGCCCAUGGAACCUCCCGCAGGUGAACCAGCAGAUGGCUGGCCUGAGCCUGGGUGGCGUGGCGUCGGCAGCGGGCUUCGGGCCGCCGCCCAGCACCUCGGCGGGGGCCGCGGGGUGGUCCGGGAGCUCGUCGGGGCAGACACUCAGCACGCAGCUGUGGAAGUGAGCCCCCACCAGCAUUCCCGCUCAGACAUACCUGCCUCCCCUGUCCAUUCAUGUACAUACCUGUUUUUUCUUUUCCCCCCUUUGUUCAUAUGAAGACCUGAUUGACCGUGUUGGUCUGUGCUGAUUGAAUGUGCUGUGGUGAAAAGCAGGUUGAGAAACCGUCCCUGUCGAGGGCAGCUUUGCUCACAGUUCCCAGGAUUUCGCAGACACAGUCUCUGGGAAGCUGCUCAGUCAACGUGCAUAAUCAGUUUCCCUCUCGAUGAAAUUAUAGCUCUCAUGUUUGCAUAUAAGGGAAGUAGUUAUCAUGUUAGUAAUACCUCUAACAGUAUGAGCCCCACCCCCAGAUUAGCCAGUAAUCCUGUAGGAAGGUACUGUAUGAUCAAAUGUUUAAUCAUAUAAAUAGAAUGUCCAUGUAUCACCGAGCACUGUUUUCUAGUGUACCCAGACUCUUUUAUGUCACAUUCACCUCACUGUGCUGUUGUUAUGAUGUGCUUAACAGGGAACGUGGUUAGUGAAAGGAAGAUAAACCUGGAUGUUACGACACAACUUAGUUGAACACGUGUUUGAAGAAGUCAGAUUUUACCUGCCUUCCUUGGAAUUGGGAUCUUUUCCUAUGUAUACAUAGUGCUAGCAAGAGACCUUCCUCCGCACUAGACGCAAACAGGGUAACUAAACAAGCCACUCAGUCCUUGAAGGUGUAUCCAGGUUUAUGACAGUGAUUGUGUUUACAUUUUAUGGUGCCUAGUACUGACAAAUGUCAUAUCCCUGUAUUAAACAGAUGAAUCCAUA